GUCUUGGAUGAGUCGAAACUGAUUGAAGCAAAGUCUGGCUCAAUAUACCCGUCACGUUUCACAUCGCUCAAACCUUAGUGCACACUUUCCAUUUUGAUCGUUUCGCAUGUGAAUGAACGUCGGCUCCCUGCGGGCUCUGCGUGUGGCGCUCGCCGGUCAUGUGGCGCUGAAUGACAUGUCGGCCGCACGGAGGCGUUCCCACCAGUCUGAACCAGAACGAGCGAACAGCGAACCACUGGCUGCCUGCUCGAGCUCUCAGCACCGAGCCGCGACAACAUAAAAGAGAACAACUGGAACGCAAUCACGGAUUUCUUGUGGGACAAACGCACAGGCCUCGCUGCUAAGACGCAGAUGCCUCACACUAGACGGUACUCGUCUUCGGACAGAGACAGUCGCACCAGCUACCAAGACCGUUACAGAGACAGAGGGCGAAGGCACCGGCACAGAAGAUCGCCUUCUUACUCCUCCAGCAGUGACCGAGACCGGGACCGGGAUCGGGACCGGGACCGGGAUCGAAGGGGACGGGGACACAGACAGGAAGGAAGCUUUGUGCGCUCAAGGAGUCGUAGCUAUGAUAAUCGCUCAACGGAGCACCGGCCAUUUGACCGAAGAUACUGCGAGGGAUACAGGCGCUUGGAUCAGAACCGAGAUCCAGACCGCGAAAGAGAAAGGGAGCCACAUGGAGCCACUGAAAGUUACUAUCCACGUGACUUCUCCCCAAACAUGUACGACUACCGACGUGGCCGUGAGAGGGAACGGGACGAGUCGUACCGGCGGAAAGGCAGCAGGCGUAAGCACAAACGAAGGCGGCGUAGAACCAGGUCCUAUAGCCCAUCCUCCUCGCGGAGCGACAGCCAGACGCGGGCACUGAGUGUGAGGGACGACGAGGAAGGGCACCUGAUCUGUCGGAGUGGGGACGUCCUGCAAGAGAGAUAUGAGAUUGUCAGCACUUUGGGGGAAGGCACCUUCGGAAGGGUGAUGCAGUGCAUAGACCAUCGCAGGGGAGGAGCCUCUGUUGCUCUGAAAAUUAUCAAAAAUGUGGAGAAGUACAAGGAAGCAGCUCGCCUGGAGAUAAAUGUACUAGAGAAGAUCAAUGAAAAGGACCCCGAUAACAAAUUCCUGUGUGUACAGAUGUAUGACUGGUUUGACUACCACGGUCACAUGUGUAUCUCCUUUGAGCUGCUAGCGCUCAGCACCUUCGACUUUCUAAAGGAAAACAACUACCUGCCCUAUUCAAUUGGCCAGGUCCGACAUAUGGCCUACCAAAUCUGUCUUGCUGUGAAGUUUCUCCACGAUAAUAAGCUGACGCACACAGACUUAAAGCCUGAGAACAUCCUAUUCGUCAACUCAGACUUUACAAUGUCCUUCAAUGUCGAGAAGAAGCGAGAAGAGCGGACGGUUAAGAGCACGGCAGUACGUGUGGUGGACUUUGGCAGUGCUACUUUUGACCAUGAGCACCACAGCACCAUUGUGUCCACGCGGCAUUACCGGGCCCCUGAGGUCAUUCUAGAGCUGGGUUGGAGCCAUCCCUGUGACGUGUGGAGCAUUGGCUGUAUCCUGUUUGAGUACUACCUGGGCUUCACCUUGUUUCAGACUCAUGACAACAGGGAGCAUUUGGCCAUGAUGGAGAGAAUCCUGGGACCAGUGCCCUCGAGGAUGAUUCGUAAGACAAGAAAGCAGAAGUAUUUUUACCGAGGCCGCCUGGACUGGGACGAGAGCUCCUCAGCCGGGAAAUACGUCAGAGAAAACUGCAAACCCUUGCGGCGGUACUUGCUGUCGGAGGCGGAGGACCACCACCAGCUGUUUGACCUCAUUGAAAGCAUGCUGGAGUAUGAGCCCUCCAAGAGGCUGGUGCUGGCCGACUCACUCAAACACCCUUUCUUUGAGAACAGGGCGAUUAGCGAGGCGGGAAGCAGCAAAAACUGGGAAGGCAACCGGGAUAUCAGCCGGUGACCCAUGAGCCUCCAAAGACUGAAUGACAGGGGAGAGCAAGUCUUUUAUAUAUGGAGCAGGUGAACUGUUAAAUUAAACGGAGCUUCUGGUGUUUUCUGUCGUUUGUCAUUAAAGCAUGGACACCUUAACUUCUCGCUCCUCCACCCUGCUCCUCUGACGUCCACCUCUGCGGCCACAAGAGGCUUUUGCAGCAGAGAGACCAAAAAUAACCCGAAAGACUGGAAGAGUUGAAAAGAAUAAGUAUUUUAUAGCCGUCACAGCCUGAAUAGAGGACAAUUAUAUGGAAGAUUGUUUGUACCCAAAGUAGCCCUCUAUGCAGCUCCUGUCUUCCUUUUGACUUCCGAACUACCUUCCGUCCGUCUGUCCGACUAUUACUUUCAUCAGCAUGAAGAAAAAUAAUUCACAUUCAUAAGGAAAUAAGCACUACAAAACCGGUCACACACAAACUCAGUUUUGGAGAAGUCUUCCUGUUCUGAAGUCUAAGAAAAGGGUAAAAAGGAGAUGGAGCUGUAUGCAGCGCAAGUCCUCACUCACAUUAUUCUAAACAUGGAGACAUGCACGAUAUUCUAUUAUGCUAACAUCAAAUUGAAUGUCCUAUUUCCUUGGAAUUUGCAAGUAUCCCCAGCAGAGACAAUCGUCUCAUGUUCUUUUGUUUAUGUUUUGUUCAGUGAACACUUGCUUUGCAUAUCAUUUUUCAUGUUUCUGUUUGUAUGUCGAAAAGGAUUCUCCCUUAUAUGGAGUCUUGCCCUUAAUCUUGGGUCGCUAGGUCUGUUAUUUUUGCCAAUGAGAUGAUAAUGGUGACACACACACACGCACACACAGGCCUUUGUGGUCUGUCUUAUUGAUAGUUAUGUUUCUUACGUUAUGCAAUGCUUUGAGUGAGUGAGACGUUAAUGUUUUGCUCAUUGAAUGGCUCAGCUUUAGUCAUGGGGAUAUUCUUGCGUACUUUUAAACACUCAAAACAUAAACUGCCUUUUCCGCGUGUGAUUUGGUCAGACCUGAUGUCUCUUAUUUAGGUGAAGCACACAGCUCCUGGUUGUAGACAAUGAGCCACACACACAACUCCUGUUUGACGGUAUUUAUUUGAGUUAUAAUAGGUCAUAAUCCCCGACCCCCACCUGUACAUGACUUGUUUGUUUUUUUUGUAUGAAAUUAAAGCGUAUAAAACUGUA